GCUGCCGUUGGUGCCAAGCUGCCAACCUUGCUGACGGAAGACAGCUGCCUGCGUACGGCAAACACAACAUAACGUGACUCAAAAAGAGAGAGGGGUUGUUUUUUUUCUCCACACCGCACAGUGAGUGAGCGUUUACUCCAAUUGGUCAAAUGUGACAAACGUGUGUUUUGUAGCUCGUUAGAGAAACACGUCGUCCUCCAGAGGGGCUCGUGUUCAGCUUGUUUGUGUGCAAUAAACCAAGUUGUCAUUCGUGACCACCCAACGGUGGCCAGAGCGGCUAACGGUCACCGUUAGCUGCUAACUGUGACGUCGCAGCUCGUAACUAUGGCGAUGCGUGUGUACACAGCGUGGGACGCGUACAAAAGGCUCAUUCAUCGCUGUGUGCACAUUCUUUUCAUUCCGUGCUCACAGCAGAUUCGUCGCUGAUUAGGAAGGGCAGUGAAAACCAUGUGGGAGUCACAUGCGCGACAAGGAUGAGGCGUAAACAACAAGGGGCCGCAAGCUGCUUGUAGAGGCCCCUGAACGGGCAGCCCCCCCUUCCCCCAUCUCCUGAACACAUGCAAUGAACAGCACUACUGAGACCCCUGCCAUCAUAGAUGGAGAUGUUGCAGUCAGCUACGUGUUGGUGCCAUUUUUCCUCAUCACCAUUAUUGGAAUAGCUGCAGCUGUGGUCAUGUACAUCCGUAAGAAAAGGAGAAUUGACCGGCUCCGUCAUCAGCUGUUACCAGUUUACACCUACGAUCCAUCAGAGGAGCUCAAUGAAGCCGAGCAAGAAAUGUUGUGGAAAGAGGACGACACGAGGAUUGUUCAAGGUUGGGCCAGAGGUUAUCAACAGCGACGCCCACUUCUGACCAAAGAUGUCCACGCAUGAUGGCGGUAAAGCACGGCACAGAACACGUUCAGUGUGGAGACGACCUUCAGCCACGGAGAUUGGUCAUCUUUUUUCAAAGACACGUACAGGACACUCUUUGUUUGUCUUGUUUUUUUUCUCUGCCACCAGUUUGCCGUCAUUCACCUUGUUUUAUGUGCAUGUAUGUGGUUCUGAUUCCAAUCCCGUGCGCGUAAUAGACACAGUACCAUUCAUUAAUUUAUUUGAAAAUAUUUAUUAAAACUUUUUUUUUUUUUUACCGUGGUACGACUCAAAGUUUAAGAAAAUGUGGAAUCUCUCUAAAGAUAAAGUUUCAUGUGGGUUCACGCUGUUGUUUACAUGCAUAAUGUUAAUAAAGGCACGCGGUUAUGUUCCUGUGGGUUGCAGGAGGCCUUUGCACUGACUUCAAUGUGCCGAGCGUACGAAUGUUCUGCACGAGUUUAAAAUCAUCUCUCUUUGCGAUCGUUGCCUGGAUAGCUUGUUGUGAAGAGGUUGUUUGCGGUGCAUUAAAAAACAAACAAAUAUGGCUUCUUUCGAUUGAAACGCUUUUAGUUUUCCAGGUGCAUUUUGCUGGCAUGAAACACUGUAGUAUGACUUUUAAAUUCAACAUUUCAUAUAUAUAUAAAUAUUUUGAGAGAUUUAUUUAUCGGGUCGGUUGGGGUUAAUCUUCAGUUUGAUUUAAAGUCAAAUCGGAACGUGCUUUUUUUCUUUGUUUUUUAACUUACGAUCCACAUCUUUUUGUGGUUUAGCCAAAUCCUCUGACUCUUAACAGCGGCAUGGUUUAAUAACACCAUCCCCCUCACAUCCACAGAAUGAGCUGUGACUCGUGCCCUAAAUAUGUCCUGUCUAAUGGCGUGGCACCAACAUAAAUGCACCUCCAGCUGAGGAUGAAUGCCAAAGGUCUGACUGUAUCAAGCACUCAGGAAACCUUUGCGCUGGGUUUUUUUCUUGACGAAUUGUAACCUUUAUUUGCCUUUGCAGUGGUGAACAUGCAAUGAGGCGUUCAAGGGGAACAGUUAUUGGGUUAGAUGAUAAAUGGACAGAUGACACCCGGACGCGAUGUUAUGCAUCACGUCUAGAAGCGUUUCAGAAUAAAAGACAGUUUUACUUGCGGACCUAAAAACGUUUAAUUGCAGUUCCUCCAUUCAUCUUUACAGUUAGUUUUCUAUGCAUUAUCUGAAGAAUAUUUUUUAUGUUAAGAUUAAUUCAUUUAUGAAUAAGUCCCACUUAACUAUAAUAGAAACUAUAAUAUCCAGUUAUUACAUUGUUCUGCACUGGUAAAAGUUUGGGUUGUACAUGAAAUGUCAAUGAACUACUGAUGUAAAUGUGAAUGUUGGACUGGCGUGUUGCUUUGAGGGAAUUGUUUUAGGCUGUCGAUUUAAACAUGAAUAAAAGAGAUGCGACUCGUC